AUGAGUUCUAGAUCAAUAUCAUCUAUCGAUGCUGCCAAAGAUAGUAUUGAACAUAUCGAAAAGAUUAAAACCUCCGAUUUAGAAACCGGAGAGUUAAAUACCAAAAAAAUCGAUAAUCAAGUUUUAGAUUAUAUUGAAGAAUCUGCUGUUGAAAUCGAUGAAGCUACUAACAGAAGAUUAAGAAAUAUGAUUCAUAGAAGAAUCUUACCAUGUAUGAUUGGUACUUAUUUCUUACAAGCUUUGGAUAAAGGUACUUUGGCUUUUUCAAGUAUUAUGGGUAUUAGAGAAGAUGCUAACCUUACAAGUAACAAUUAUAGUUGGUUAAGUUCAUGUGUUUUCAUCGCCAUCUUGGUUUUUGAAUUACCAAACAAUUAUCUUAUCCAAAAAUUACCAGUUGCCAAAUAUCUUUCAUUAAAUAUUGUUUUAUGGGGAAUUGUUCUUGGAUGCCAUGCUUUGGGUAAAAAUUUCACUAUUUUAGUUACUGUUAGAACAUUAUUAGGGGUGUUCGAAUGUGUUUGUCAACCUGCUUUUAUGUUUAUGUCGGCUAUGUGGUACAAGAGAGAGGAACAAGCUUUGAUUGUUGCUUUAUGGUAUAUGAUGAAUGGAGGUCAACAAAUUAUUGGAGGUCUUUUAAGUUAUUGUUUUACUUUAAUUGAAGGAGCUGCUUUAAGAAACUGGGAAAUUUUAUUCUUAACUUAUGCUUGUAUUACUGUUGUUUGGGGAGUGUUUGUUUUCUUAUAUACUCCAGAUUCUCCAAUGACUGCUAAAUGUUGGAGUGAAGAAGAUAAGAAAUUAAUGGUUGAAAGAGUUAGAAGUAAUCAAACUGGUUUACAAAACAGACAAUUCAAAAGAGAACAAAUGUGGGAAGCUUUAUCUGAUCCUCAAACUUAUGGUUUCUUCUUGAUCCAAUUCUUAACUGCUUUACCAACUUCAGGUUUAGGUGCUUUUGCUAAUAUUGUUAUUUCAUCUUUUGGUUAUUCUGUUUUACAAACUCAAUUAUUGGCUAUGGUUUUAGGUGCUUACUUAAUCUUCUUAUUAUUAUCAUCUGCUUGGUUAACUAAGAGAUUCAAUCAAAAUCUUUUCUUUAUGAUUGGUUAUGUUGUACCUUCAAUUAUUGGUACUAUUGUUUUAAUGACUGUAACAUUCCAAGAUUAUCCUGUAGGUUCUUAUCAAAGAAAAAUGAGAUCUGGUGUUUUAUUAUUCUGUUACUAUUUAACUUUAUCAUUCUGGGGUGUGGCUAAUUUGGGUCUUUCCCUUUUAACUAGAAAUGUUGCUGGUCAAUCUAAAAAAUCUACUGUCACAACUAUUAAUUUCGUUGCUUGGGCUACUGGUAAUAUCGUUGGUCCUUUUGUAUUCAAAACUCAAGAAGCUCCAAGAUAUACUACUGCUUUUGGUACUCAUAUGGGAUGUUAUGCUGCUUUAAUUCUUAAUUUACUCUUCUUAAGAUUCUGGUAUAUGAGAGAAAACCGCAGAAAAGAUAAAUUAAUCGAAUCUGGGGCUGCUGAAGCUGAUGUUGACUUAAAGCAUGCCUUUGAUGAUUUGACUGAUAGGGAAAAUGUCAAUUUCAGAUAUGUUUAUUAA